GAAAAAAAGUAAAUAAUCUCUCAGCUUGUAUAAUUAUGAGCAGAAAUGGCCAUUAAUUUAAUCUCCAAACAUAAACACUGCUUAGAUUACAUUACCCCUUUGCAUUUGACUUAGAUUACUCCUUUGCAACUGCCACUUUUGACUUGUUUCAUCAUCUGCAUUACUAUAAUGAAAAAAGAUUCAAUUUUUUUCCCCACCAAUCUCGGCUGCAAUGGGGGAUGCUGUAGUUUGUCGAAACUGCCCCUGUUGGAAAAUGAUAUUUCCCCCCUCGUGUCCCCACACCAUCUGCCAACUUGCCCCUCCCCUUUUAUAGCUGUGAUUGCAUUUGCCUCGUGACUGCAUUUACACUGGCAUAUGUAGCACGCCUACAAUUCUUGAUCAUUGAGUUAUUGCACUCUUUUUUCAUCACAACACCGUUAGUGGCUGCGUGAAUUGAUUAAAUGUCUUCGUCUAGUGUUGCAGGUUGUGUGGUAGGAGGCAUUUAAGGAGCUCAAGCCGUUUUCUUUUACUACAUUGAAUUUACUCUAGUUAAGAAUAUGCAGACCCCUAAAGCAAGAGGCAGUCCCUCCAGCGCGCCCCAGAAGAGCUCUCCUCGAUCAAUUUCAUCAGAGGCUUCUCUAAAAAGCUCGUCCCCUCAAGCCGCUUCCUCGGAGAAGGUUUCGCCUAAAGUGGUGCGUCAGCUCAAGACAGGUCCCCGUUUCUUAGACCCUACCGCGUCUUCAUCCAACCAAGCGAGCCGAGCACCAAAAGAGAGAAGUCCUAAAGUAGCCGAACACAAAUCCCCUAGAAGCCCGCUGUCUGAGAAGAAGCGGCCUAGCAAAGUUCCCGAGCUCGAGAGUCAGAUUUCUCAGCUCGAACAUGAUCUGAAAGUUGUCAAGGACCAGUUGAUCUCUACGGAAGCGCAGAAGAAGCAAGCACAGAAAGAUGCAGAGGAGUCGAACCAGCAGCUCUUGUCGCUCUCUUUGAAGCUCGAGGAAUUGCAGAAACAGCUCUCGGAGGAACAAGAAUCGGGCAUACAAUUUGAGCUCGAGGCUAUCAAGAAGAAGAGCUCUCACGAGUCCGCUGCUUUGGCAUCUGCAUUGGAUGAGAUCGAGCAGCUUAAGCUGCAGAUUGAGACUGUAGCUGAAUCCGAGGCUACUCAAUCGAAGAACUUGGAAUCUGAGCAAAGCGAUCUCCUUAAACUGAAAGAGAACUUGACCGAAACACUCUUGAUUGUGGAAGAAAUGAAACAGCAGGUAAUGCAUAGCAAAGAAUCCGAAGCUGAGGCUCAGGCGCUUGUUGGAGAAACUCUGUUGCAGCUGGAAACGGCGAAGAAGAUGAUGGAGACGCUUAGGUCAGAUGGACUGAGAGCCACGGAAGCAUAUAACGCCAUUGCUGCUGAGCUGGAGCAGUCGAGAGCCCGUGUUAAUUUUCUCGAAGAUCUGGUGAGCAACCUCAAGGACUCCCAACGCGAAGACGUAGGUGAAACAGAAGUUAGUUCUUUGAAACUUGAAGUCGAGCAACUGAGAUCGGCUUUAGAAGUCGGUGAGAUAAGAUACAACGAGGAACGAAGCCACAGUGCAGAGCAGAUACGGGAUGCCAUGGAGACGGUGGAGAAGUUCAAAUCUGCAUCGAGCCAGAGAGAGGCCGAGCUGGAGGUGGAGAUACGGAGAUCCAAAUACGAGAUCGAGGAGCUGAAGGCGAACCUAAUGGACAAGGAAACCGAACUGCAGGGUAUAUGCGAGGAGAACGAAGGCCUCACCACGAAGCUCGAGAGCUCCGUGUUGGGGCAGAGAGAGAACGAGCUGGAGAAGAGGCUCCACGACUCAAAGGCGGAGGUAGAAGCCCUCAAGGCCAGCCUGCAACAGAAGGAGGCGGAGUGGCAAAACACAUCGAAGGAAAACGAGGCGCUGAAGGAGAUGAUGAGUGCCGGUGAGGUGGAGGAGUCGGCUAGGGCCGCGGAGAGAGAGGUGGCCGUGAAGGUGAGCUACAUGGCGGAGGAGGUGGAGAAGAGCAACAGGAAGGCGGCGAGAGUGGGGGAGCAGCUGGAGGCGGUGCAGGCAGCGAACGCGGAGAUGGAAGGCGAGCUGAGGAGGCUGAAAGUGCAGUCGGAUCAGUGGAGGAAGGCCGCCGAGGCAGCGGCUGCAAUGCUAUCGGCCGGGAACAACGGGCAGAUGAUGGAGAGGACGGGGUCGAUGGACAGCCACUACAACAGCCCGCGGACGGGGAAGAUAAGCUCGCCGUACGGGGACGAGCUCGACGAGGAGUUGAUGAAGAAGAAGAAUGCCAACAUGCUGAGGAGGUUUGGGGUGUUGUGGAAGAAGCCACAGAAAUAGGAAACACCAUUCUUUGCUUUUCUUCACUGCAACUUAUCUUUUGGUAUAUUGCUUGGAUUUAUCUUGAACCAUAUUAUGUAGUAUUCUAUGUAACCAUGACACUAGUUUAUGUUUAUAUACUACUAUCUUUACUCAAAA